CAGAAAUGGCGGAACAAGAACCUGAAGAGUUGAAUUGGGACAAUCCUAAAACAGAGAUGAAAGAGAUCGAACAACCUGCUGCGAGCUCAUCAUUUUGUGCAUGUAAAUUGGAGGAUGGCUGCCCUGAAUUUAGUAAUGAGCCCUUCAAGACUGAACCUUCUACAGAUGAAGAUAUAAAGGAAGUGGGUAAUAUGAAUUCCUGUAGCUUAGUCAUAAAAACUGAACCUAUGGACUGCAAACAAUUUCAAUGUGAUCUUUGUCAAGAGUCAGUAGAUCAUUCCAGUUCACUCUGUUCUGACGGGGAAUGUGUCCCUGAUCCUCUGAAGACCAACCCUCAUAUUAUAUGUAAACGCUCAUCUGGACAAAGUGAACAUCUUACCACUCAUAAACGAACUCAUAAUAGAGAAAAACCUUAUCCUUGUAGCUUGUGUGACUAUAGAGCUAAAAGAUCAAACGAUUUGAAGAUACAUAUGUUGACUCACACUGGAGAGAAACCUUAUCCCUGUAGUUUGUGUGACUAUAGAGCUAAAAGAUCAAGCAAUUUGAGGGUACAUAUGUUUGCUCAUACUGGAAAAAAUCCUCACAAGUGUGAUAUCUGUAGCUAUUCCGCUGAAAUUAAAAGUAAACUGGUGAUUCACAAACGAACACACACUGGAGAAAAACCUUACCCCUGUAGUUUGUGUGAUUAUAGGGCUAAUCAAUCAAGCUUAUUGAAGGUACAUAUGUUAACUCACACUGGAGAGAAACCUUAUCCAUGUAGUUUGUGUGACUAUAGGGCUACUCAAUCAAGCUUAUUGAAGAGACAUAUGUUGACUCACACUGGAGAGAAACCUUACCCCUGUAGUUUGUGUGACUAUAGGGCUACUCAAUCAAGCUUAUUGAAGAGACAUAUGUUGACGCACACUGGAGAGAAACCUUAUCCAUGUAGUUUGUGUGACUAUAGGGCUAAUCAAUCAAGUAUAUUGAAGGUACAUAUGUUGACUCACACUGGAGAAAAACCUCACAAGUGUGAUAUUUGUUACUACUCUGCUGCAACUAAAAGUAAUCUGAUGAGUCACAAACGAACGCACUCUAGCUCUGGAAAAAAACCUUACAAGUGUGAUAUCUGUAGCUACCCAGCUGCAACUAAAAGUAUCCUGGUGACUCACAAACGAAAACACGAUGGAGAGAAUCUUUACCAAUGCAGUAAAUCCACCAGUUUAAAGACAAAUAUGUCGACUCAUAGUCAAACUGAAAUACAUUUCAAAUGUGAAUUAUGCGAAUUUACAGCGGAAACGGAAAGUCUUCUUGUUGCUCACAAAAAGAACCACCCAGAUUUGCGACCGUUUGGCUGUGAAAUUUACUGUGGCUAUACAGGCAAAACGAAAAGUGAUUUAAUCGAACAUAUUUGGAAGGUGCAUGGUCGACUAGACAUCAAAUGAAUUGUUAUCUACAAAAUUAUAUCUUACGUACAACUUUAUGACUUUACAUAAUUUAAAUUAUUAAAAGUGCUGCCCGAUCAUCUAUAACAUUAGCUUGAAAUGACGAGGUAUAACUAUAAAGAUGAAAAUUAACCUAUACUCAGUACAUCAUUAAAUUGGUUGUCAUGAUUGUACUUAAAGCACAGAUUAGCUUUACAAUUGAAUGGAAUGUUUCUUGUUUUAUCAAUAUCUUCACAAAUUGUCUUGUUCUUUUCCCAGUUGCUGUAUUUAUUGAUCGUUUCCC